AUGUCCAACGAACUCGCCAGCCAGGCCGGCUGGGAGUCCAACCCGCUGUCCUUCCUCUACCGCCAGGCCGUCAUCACCCCGGCCGAGAUCCCUGACGAGUUCGACCUCUCCGAAUGCACCCUCAUCAUGACGGGCGCCAGCAGCGGCCUCGGCCUCGAGGCCAGCCGCCAGUUCCUUGAGCGCUCCCUCGGCCACCUCAUCAUGGGCGUCCGCAACACCGCCAAGGGGGAGGCCCUCGCCGAGGGCCUGCGCCGCGAGUUCCCCAUGGCCCGCAUCCAGGUCUGGCACCUCGAGAUGGAGUCCUACGAGAGCGUCCGCGCCUUCGCCGCCCGCUGCCGCAAGGACCUCGCCCGCAUCGACAUCGUCAUCCUCAACGCCGCCACCAUCGCCCAGUCCUUCAUCCGCGCCCGCGAGGGCCGCGAGCUGAUGCUGCAGGUCAACUACCUGUCCACAGCCCUGCUCGCCCUGCUGCUGCUGCCCGCCAUGAAGGAGAAGCGGCCGCCGGGCGAGCCGGCCCGCCUCGUCCUCGUCAGCUCCGACUUCACCUACUGGCACGAGCCCGAGGAGGACAUGGUCACGGGUUCGCUCUUCAAGCCCGCCGACAGCGAGAAGCUGUGGGAGUCGGGGAAGAACUACCAGCAGUCCAAGUUUCUCGGCCAGCUCUUCGUCGCCAAGCUCGCGACCUUCAUCAACCCCAACGAGAUCAUCGUCAACCUGUCCAACUCGGGCCUGACGGGCGGCACCAACAUCGUCAAGCCCGCGAGCCAGAGCUUCUUCAUGGGCCUGGUGAAGAAGACGCUCGGCCGUAGCGUCGAGGUCGGCGCGAGGAGCUACCUCGACGCCGCCAUCGUCAAGGGCAAGGAGAGUCACGGCAGCUUCACCUCGGACGGUGUCAUCAAGCCGUGGCCGGCGGUCAUGUACACCACCGAGGGGACCGGGCUCAAGGACAGGUUAUGGGCCGAGACCAAGAAAGAGCCCGGCUUUGCUGAGGCGUUUGCUGAAAUCGAGAAGGGUCUGUAG